AUGGCCUCGACAACACGUCCUACCCCGGGAUCGCUGCCGGACCCAGUGCCAGCGCGGACGACCCUGUCACCUUUCGAACUCUUAAUUACCUGCAACCCACCCAUCCUCCGAUCACUCCUUGCACAGAUUCCGACUGAGACCAUCUUCCGCCUGUACCAGACCUCACCCUACCUACGAGACUUCUUCGCACGGUCUCCUACCUCUUGGCGGUACAUUUCAUGGCGCCUGUACCAACCAGCUACUGCCACGACGACUAUCACGGCCAGUGGGGCUAUUGGGCAGAGGCAGUCCAGCAACUAUGCCUUGGACCAGAUCAUCCUGACGGUCAUAAACCCUUUCAGCACGAGGCUAGCUAGUCUUGAGUUGGACAACACCGCCGUGAGUGGGACGACCUUGACAUCAACCGUGCUUAUCUUGAGGAGAGAGACACUUCUACACGUCUCGGUCCGGGGUUGCAAGAACGUCUCUUUGAAAUACCACAUCAACCCGUGGCUAACCAUGCAUGCUUUGGCCCGAAACACGCCAGACUCCAAAGGUCCCCCACCCGGCUUCGAGACACUCGCUCUGAAGAGUCUUUACACCUACAGAUGUCGGCAUCACAGAAGGAGGCCCUACCUCCCGAGCAGUCUGGCGCGCAAAGAGAGCGAUAGUGAACCGACGCAUGAACUGGUAACUACAUGCCACACACUCGGGAUUUGGACGGAUACUGCCUGGUGCACCACACCCGGGGCACGAUGCUACCGCCGACGAGGGUACGUGAAGAUGCGCAUGCCACAGGAUCCGAGAGAAGUGUGGGUGGUUUACGACCGUCUAUGGAGGAGUCGGAAUUGGCUCGGAGCCGUUGAAAACCCAAGGGGCAGCAAUCUAGCCAGCAAGAAGCGGAAACGAGAUUGCAGGAGCUGGGAGUACGAUGAGGAAGGUAUGAAUGGUGAGCCCCUUGGGACAGGUCCAGAGGGGAAAGUCACUCCCACGCACCUGCGGGACUCGCAUCGGAAGUUCGUGGAGAACAUCACUUGCCAAAACUGUGACGCCCAAAUAUUGGAACGGUGUGAGCAGUGUUCAGUCAUGAUGCAUUGUGCAGGAUGUAGAAAGACACUGUGUGCCAGCUGUGCCUUCGACCGCCCUUAUCUACGAAACAGGAACUCUCGCGAGGAAGACAGGAACAAGUUCUGGUGGGCCCCCGGCUGUGCUGUGUCGCCCUGUUCCAUGCAAGAUCAAGAUCUGCCAUCCCUUGCAGGAACCAAUGCGAAUCAGCUUGCCAAUACCAACAGUCUACCCAAUCUCAAGUUCAGGUGGUGCUGCACGGAGCCGUUAUUUUCCGGAGGUGGUGGGAUCACUUACAGCAACAAUGCAGCUCGAGACAUUGAUCGCAUCCGAGCGGCGCCGCUUCCACGUGGACAAGGAUGGGAGGAUCCUGAGUUCAACCCUGACCGACCAGCCGGACCAGAAAAUGUUUCGAACCAACCAGGCCCUGGCGGCCGAUGGCAGUCCAUCGAUGGCUUGUUCCAAACGGUCGCAACCCUCGCUACGGGAGAGCAUCCUGCCGUGUCUGUGCCCCGGGUCUUGUGCGACGAUUGUCACAACGCGGGUCACUGGAAGAUAAAAUGCAAGGCUUGCGCCACUCCUAUCUGUGUCAAGCAUGACAUCAGUGAUCGUCUGAAAGCUAGGAUAUGCGGAUACAGAGACCUCGUGCUUGAAAAGCAGGAAUACAAGUCGAAGCUGACGGCCGCGAAGUUGCUUGCGACCCUGAUGAAGCAACGAAAAGGCAAGCAACCCGCACGAGAGCAAAACAAUAUGGAAACAGAGAGCACUGUCAGCACUCCAAGGGCUGCGCGAGCCGCCACAAUGCCUGCGUCCACAGUCGUGCCAGUGGCUGUUUCCGAGGUGGUGGCAGAUACCGCGGAGCCGCUUCGUCCUGCUGAGGCCAGCAUCGCGGCGACGCCGCUGCGAACAGCUUUGGCAGAUUUUGACCGGCCGCCACGGCCACUGUCACCCGUUUCGGACAGUACCAGCCCUCACUCCCGAUCAACGUCUCCUGCACCCUCGGCCCAUUCCAUCCCAGCGACACCUGAGCCUAACUCCGUACCGCGACGGCCUCCACGUCCUGCGAUCCCCUCGGGACCCAAAUGGCGAGGUUGCCAAGCAAUUUUCUGUCCAGCAAUCCGUACGGCUCCAGGCGAUCACAGGAGACGUUGCACAGCACCCAUAGACCAGUGUGUCGGAUGCAAGGUUUACAUUUGUGACGACUGCAGUGGCUCUCUAGAGCCGCCGUGUCCAUGCAAAGGGUGCCAACGACCACCGACAGAUGAAGAUAAUAGCAUGACCAUCAUGCCAGCCACCACCCCUGCCACUAGUACUGCCUUGUUCUUCUGCCCUAACUGCCGCUGGGACAGGAUGGUUUCCGGAAAAUGCAAACGAAAAUCGGAAGCGUUCCUGAAGGCUCAGUCGCAGUCGAUGAAAAGACUGAAGAAGAGAAAGGAUAAGAUGCGGAAACCACUCGAGGAGAGAAGAAUGAGUCAGGCGGCUGCAGGGAAUCUUUCGGCCACAGAACAAGCAAUCGAAGGCUUGGUCGAGUUCUUCACAAGUUUAAACAUGCAGUAUCCUGGCGCGAUAGGCCCGCAACAAGCGGAGUCGAGCAGUUCAUCGCAGCCGGAGUCAGCGUCACGGUCGGACGUAUUGAGCAACAACCCCGAUGAGAUCCGAGAACUAGAAGAUAUGGGCGCCUUGGCCCGAGACUUGAUCCGGCGCAUCCAGCGCUUGAGAGAUCAAUUCCGCCCGGGAUCUCUAGCAGCCCAGGCACUACCAGAUAUUCGCGUGGAGGAGGGGGUUCAGACAGCUGCACAGACAAUCGCAGGUACCGCGGCUCAAAGUUUAGCACAUGAAGCUCUGGCAAUUCAAAUGGCCGCGGAUAUCGUCAGUCCUCAUCGUGCUGUGCGCCUCCCUCCGAUCCCAGCGCCGGAUGGGACGGCCAGUGCGAAUGCUCCUGGUUCUAUGCCGGCACAGAGCUAUGAUCUCAGACAACUCAUCAUGCCAGACGAGCCGGAGUUGGCUCCCGACAUUGAAGAGUUAGAUGAUGAAGAUGAUGGGCAAUUUGAAGAUGGAGGAACGAGCACGGAAUGA